UUGUCUGAAGUGAAGUCUUUGCGUGAAUUGAAUCCACCGCUGGAUAUAAUGCCGAACGGAAACGUUGGGACGCCUUCUGCCGUAUUCCUUGAGCUGAUCCGUGAGUGUCGACUCCCGGCGCCCGUUAUCUCCAAACUAGAGCUCGAUUUCCCGAAAUCCAUGAAAAGGCGGAUCUAUUCGAGGGUUGAAUACGAAUACAGUGAACAUAACAAGAGAUACAAAACCAAAGCGACCGAUAAAAGUGUCCAUAAAUUGAGUUCAACUGAUAAUUCAGUUGAUAAUAAAGAUAUGGAUUUACUGAAGACGAGGAAUGGUUUCGUAAUUAAUGAUAAUUUUAGUGCAAAACAAAAGACAAAAGAGACUUCAAAUGAGAGUCAAUUGGAGUGCAAAGAGAGGACUGAAGAGGAAGACGAUGGCAGUGAUGAGUGCGAAGAGGAAGAGUGGGAUAGAUAUGAGAGUCUUCACGAGGAUGUGACACAACAGGAGAGGAAUACUGAGAGACUGUUUGAGGAGGAAAUUGAGGUAAAGUGGGAAAAGGGCGGCUCAGGGCUGGUGUUCUAUACGGACGCCCAGUUCUGGGACAUCAAAGACAACUACGAGGACUUCAAUGAGAAGACUCCGGACGACUGGGACCUCGACCUCAGUGUUUACCGUAAGAACUGUUCGGCCGAUAAGGAGGCCAUCGAUUUGAAGGCAUUAACGCAUGAAAUGGGGUUAAGAAGAGGCAAACGAAAAGACCGCAAAUAUUGCGUGAAUUCUGUUUUCGAUCAAAGCAAAUGUGGCGAAAGAAUCGGUGCUUUUGAAAGACAUACCAAAGGUUUCGGACGAAGAAUUAUGGAGAGCCAGGGCUGGGAGUGCGGUAAAGGGUUGGGUGAGUCCGUCACUGGUAUUCCUGAGCCCAUUGCCGAUUGCGGACAACAGCCUACCGAUAAGAGAGGUGUCCCUUUGGAUGUCAUUAUGGACUCAAAUGACAACGACUUCCAUGAUCUCAAGACACAGUAUAAGAGACUUUGCGAUGAAUUGGCGUUUGAGAGACAAUUGAACCAUAUUUUGGACACUUUUAAGAGCUAUUCACUCGUUUUGAUUAAUCGAUGCAAAUGCGAGACAAACCGCCAGAUUGUGGACCAAUUGAAUCACUUCAGUGAUCAAUACGCAAGUCUUAAGAGCCGUCAAAGUGAGCAACAAAACGGUGUCCUAUUGUCCGAUCCAGAAAUUGGUGAUAGAAGUGGUGAUACAUCUGUGGACAUAAUGUACCCGAAGGUUGAGAUUCAAGAGUCAACUGAUCCGUCAGUUACUCACACUUGUAGUGAAUGUGAACAACAGUUUGCUUCAGAGCUGGAUCUACAGAUCCAUAUGAAUAGUGUCCACAAAGAGGACCUACAGUUGUAUACAUGCGAUGAGUGCCGAGAAGUCUUCACUAGUGAUGAUCUGUUUGCCACACAUAUGAGAGAUAAUCACGGCUUUAGUGAUACAAAUACUGGACAUUCGGAUGAUAUGCACACCAGUGAUGACAACAAAAUGUUUUUA